UGCCGCGAGCUGAGCUAGUUUGGCGUGUGCGCAUGUGUCUGUUCCUACUUUGUUAAUCUCGGAGAAAGAAGAUUGUGAGGGAUAGAUAUUUCAGCCAUGGCGAAGAAGCUGUUUGUGGGUAAUGUGCCACAAGGAGUUACAAACGACGACCUGAGAGAGCUUUUCCAAACAGUAGGAAAAGUAGUAGAAUGUGAUGUUCUCAAGAAUUAUGGAUUUGUGCACAUGGCAACAGAAACAGAAUGCCAAGAGGCGGUCACUCAGCUAGACAAGACUGAUUUCCUGGGGAACGUUAUCCAGGUUCAAAUGUCCACAUCCACCGUGCACAAAACGACUGGUGUGGGCAACAAUGGAGAAUGCUUCUCGUGCGGUAAAAUGGGGCACUUCUCUCGCGACUGCCGUGAAAACGGGAGGGGAAGCAGAGGUGGCGGCCGAGGAGGUGGCGGCCGUGGAGGCGGCGGCGGAAGAGGAGGUCGAGGUGGACGGGGAGGUGGUGGUCGAGGUGGUGGCCGUGAUGGAGGCGGUCGAGGAGGAGGAGGUUUCAGAGGUGGUCGAGGAGGAGGUCGAGACCAUCCUGGAGACUACAAAGACAGGGAAUACGGAGAUUAUGGUUCUCGUAGACCGCCACCACCUGACCCGUACUACGAUCGCUACUACGAGGACUACUACAGGCGUCCACCUCCAUACCCUUACCAUGACUACUCCCGUGACCCGUACUCCCGCGAUCCUUACAGACCAAGGAGCAGGAGCCCGCCACCAGGAAGGCGACCCUUGACCCCACCAAGGUACAGGAGACGUGAUUCUCCACCUCCACCUCCUAGGGACUACUAUGACUACCCUCCAGCUGAUAGAUAUGGGGAGUCCAGGAGUCACUACCCACCACCAAGGGCCCGUUACAGUCCUCCGCGUCAGACGUCGGCAUUCUAAAAAGCAAGAAAAAACCGCGCCCGAGUUACCGGAUAUAUCCCCAUCUAGGCGCACCACGCUGAUCCCGUAUCACAGUAUCCGGACCUUCCCAAGCACCGUUCCGCAGUUAUGCUAUUGAUACUCGCGGUUUCAGAGAUUCUAUCCGUUCUCAGUAUCAAAGAUCAGAACAUCUAGAAAUGUAAAUAGUAUCAUGGACAGAAUUACGAUACUGAGAGUUGAUUAGCUCUUCGGAUGUAGUAGUCGUUUGUGUGUGCGUACAAAUGUUGACCCGUAGAUCAUGUAAAUAGCUGUAUUUCUUUUUAUAACCAAACUGUUUCCUGGUCGUAAAAUUGAUGUUUAAAGAAAAUUUACGAAACUGAAUUUUUGUUUGCAACUUCCAAGUAUCUUGUUAGGCGUUUAAUCUCUGACCACUGUUUGUAGUAUUGAGCCAGUGAAUCGAUAACUUUGAACAUACCCAGCGUUGAAAAACAAUUUGUUACUCGUGACCGCUAAGUGUUCACUGGCGAUUAUUUGCUCUUAUCGGAUACCGCGUUGUCCGUUCACAAGAAACUGUCAAAUUUAAUGUACAACUUCGGUGAUGAUUCUUUUUAUACUGUAUCAACAAAAUGGAUGCUUUUAGCAUGUUUUAGCAAUUGUUGUAUUUCUGUCAAUAAAAUUCUGUAAAAACAACA